AAUGCAUGUUGUUGGAAUUUUGUCCUAAUCAGAAAAAGAAAGAAGUUAACAGUGGCUGUUACAAGAUAACCGGAUCCUGCUGGGAUGGAUUAGAUGUCACUAACACAUCAUUUACGGUUGUAAAAGCUCACCUCUAUUACAAAUGGAGAAAACAGCUGGUUCUGUGUCGGAACGGAUGCGUGAAAGCCAGGGAUCUCUUCACAGAGGCAUCAGGCCUCCCAUAAUGAAUGGCCCCAUGCACCCUCGUCCUCUGGUGGCGCUGCUGGAUGGGCGGGACUGUACGGUGGAGAUGCCCAUCCUGAAGGAUGUGGCCACCGUGGCCUUCUGUGAUGCCCAGUCCACCCAGGAGAUCCACGAGAAGGUUUUAAAUGAAGCAGUGGGUGCUCUCAUGUACCACACCAUCACCCUGAUGAGGGAGGACCUGGAAAAGUUCAAAGCACUUCGUAUAAUAGUCUGCAUUGGGAGCGGCUUUGAUAAUAUCGACAUAAAGUCUGCUGGAGACUUAGGAAUAGCAGUCUGCAACAUGCCAGCAGCUUCAGUCGAGGAGACGGCAGACUCCACCAUGUGUCACAUCCUAAACCUGUACCGACGCACCACCUGGCUGCACCAGGCUCUCCGGGAGGGCACGCGGGUCCAGAGCGUGGAGCAGAUCCGGGAGGUGGCAUCUGGGGCGGCCCGGAUCAGAGGAGAGACGCUGGGGAUCAUUGGUCUAGGGCGUGUUGGACAGGCGGUGGCACUCAGGGCCAAAGCAUUCGGCUUCAACGUGAUCUUCUACGACCCGUACCUGUCUGACGGGACGGAGCGAGCCCUGGGGCUGCAGAGAGUCAACACCCUACAGGACCUGCUCUUCCACAGCGACUGCGUCACCUUACACUGCAGCCUCAACGAGCACAACCACCAUCUCAUCAAUGACUUCACCAUCAAACAGAUGCGUCAGGGGGCUUUCCUGGUGAACACGGCGCGUGGUGGUCUGGUGGAUGAGAAAGCUCUGGCCCAGGCUCUGAAAGAGGGCAGAAUACGAGGAGCAGCCUUGGACGUCAGUGAGACGGAGCCCUUCAGUUUCAGCCAAGGUCCUCUCAAAGACGCACCCAACCUGAUCUGCACCCCUCACGCAGCAUGGUACAGCGAACAGGCCUCCAUUGAGAUGCGUGAGGAGGCGGCACGGGAGAUCCGUCGAGCUAUCACCGGGCGCAUUCCAGACAGCCUGAAGAACUGCGUCAACAAAGAGUUCCUCACACAGACCACGCACUGGGCCGGCAUGGACCCGACUGUUGUUCAUCCAGAACUCAACGGAGCCUACAGGUACCCCCCAAGCGUCGUGAGCCUAGCUUCAGGGGGUCUGCCUCCUCCAGUGGAGGGCAUCAUGCCAAGCACCGUACCCAUCACCCACAGCCUGCCCACCGCGGCCCACCCUCCGCACGCCCCUUCACCCGGCCAAACCGGCAAAGCCGAACCCGAUAGAGAGCAGCACCCCAACGAACAGUUGUAGCCCCCUCUUUAAAGGCUCUCCGUACCACUAUAUAACUCUCCUGGUCCUUCUUUACCCCUAAGAAGAGGAGCGGACACGGCUCCCGUGCUCAAAACCAGCCAUUAAAAACAACCACGACUCUGAAGAAGCCAACUCUUGACUAAAUGUAGAGGACUGCGCUCUUUGAAGUAACUAGUGGAAAAAAAACAACAACAAAAAAGAGAAAGUCUUGUGGAUUUGAAACUUCUCCCUGAUGCAAAACCCUGCUGUUGUAGAUUGUAGUCUGUCCAAGUGUAGUGGGCGAUCUUUUAUGUGUUAUUUUUUCUGUCUUAUGGGUUUCAUUGUUAAAACAACAGUAGCUAUUACAUGAAUGUAACCUGUAUGUGUACAGUUUUUAGGACAUGAUCAAUGGUUUGUAGACAAGAAAAAAAAAAAUAGAAACGGCAUUAAGGGAGGCAUCUUACCACCUGAUUAUAGAUACGAUAACAAAAAGCAUAUUCGUUUCGCUCCUUUGAUUUUAAAAGCACCAAAAGAGGCGGGAUUUGCACACCCUCUCAGGAAAAUUUACCCCCCCCCCCACCUUCCUUUUAAAUUAAACCACAGUGCAUUGUUUUUUGUACCCAUUUUUCUUUUGUAGUCUAAAUUCAGUGCAGUACUUUAAAGAACUACACACAGUAUGUUUUAUUUUUAUUUUCGGAGCAUGUAUUACUUUAUGUGUUAAAGGUUAAAAAGAAAACAGAAAAUGUUUUUGUCUUGUGCAAAGCUGGCGUAAUGUUUGCCUGUUUGUGUGUGACUUGAUUGUUCCGUGUUUUUCGAGGAUGCCGGGAUAGUUGCAGCUCUCCAUCGCCUACAUAGAUUCCUUCCUAGUAAAGUGGUAGGCUAGCAAUAUACAUACUAUAUAUACUAUGAGAUAUUAAUAUUUUUUGUUAAACAGAAUCCAAAAAGAAAUGUUUGUGACUGUAUGCAUUUGUAUGAAUUAUUUUAAUUGAAAUUAAAGUCCGAGUUAAACAACA